GGCACCAAGCAACCCCUGUCUAGCUUCCUCUACCAUCCCUUAUAUAAAUACCACCCCUCCUGCUCAACCUCUCUCACCCAUCAUCACUACUGCACCAAGCUAGUCUCAAGUGUUCAAUUAGCUAGCUCUCUUUUGCUUAGCCAUGAGUGCAGCAAUGGCUGCCUUUGCCUUCCUACUAGUCAUCGCCAUCGUCUUCCCCCUCGCAUCCGCAUUCCCUUCCCCUCCUGUUUCAUGGGGCCAACAGCAGCUAGACCCUCACUUCUACGACCACUCGUGCCCACAAGCACAGCAAAUCGUGGCAUCUAUCGUCGGGAAAGCGCAUUACCAGGACCCCCGCAUGGCCGCAUCCCUCCUCCGUCUCCACUUCCACGACUGCUUUGUCAAGGGCUGCGACGCGUCGAUCCUACUAGACAGCAGUGCGACGAUCAUGAGCGAGAAGCGGUCGAACCCUAACCGGGACUCUGCGAGGGGGUUCGAGGUGAUCGACGAAAUCAAGGCGGCGUUGGAGGCCGCUUGCCCACACACCGUCUCUUGCGCUGACAUCCUUGCCCUCGCCGCGCGUGACUCCACCGUCAUGACGGGAGGCCCCGGGUGGAUAGUGCCGCUGGGGAGGAGGGACUCGCGUGGGGCGAGCGUGCAGGGCUCCAACAACGACAUCCCGGCUCCCAACAACACCCUCCCCACCAUCAUCACCAAGUUCAAGCUCCAGGGCCUCGACAUCGUCGACCUCGUCGCCCUCCUCGGUAGCCACACCAUCGGCGACUCCCGGUGCACGAGCUUCCGGCAGCGGCUGUACAACCAGACGGGGAACGGCCUGCCGGACUUCACGCUGGACGCGUCGUACGCGGCGGCGCUGCGGCCGCGGUGCCCGCGCUCCGGCGGCGACCAGAACCUCUUCUUCCUCGACCCCGUCACCCCCUUCAGGUUCGACAACCAGUACUACAAGAACCUGCUCGCCCACCGCGGCCUCCUCAGCUCCGACGAGGUGCUCCUCACCGGCGGCAACCCGGCCACGGCGGAGCUCGUCGAGCUCUACGCCGCCGAUCAGGACAUCUUCUUCGCCCACUUCGCGCGGUCCAUGGUCAAGAUGGGCAACAUCUCGCCGCUCACCGGCGGCAACGGCGAGGUCAGGACCAACUGCAGGAGGGUCAACCACAACUACUGAUAGAUCGAUCGAUACCCAUCAUCGUCUAUCAUUCGUCGUCGAUCUGCUGCUUUUGGUUAAUAAUUAAUUUGGUCUAGAUGGUUCAUCUUUUGGUCGGUUAUAUUAUUAUUAGUUGUCGAUUAAGUAAAACACUGUUUUGUCGAUCGAGAUGUGAGAUUUGUUGGUUGUGUUUAAUUGUGUUAUUUUGUUUCUUGAAUUGUUUGUUAGCCUCUUAGAGGAAAUUUGAUACGCUUGGUGUAUCAUGCAUGCUGUUAUUAGUUGGUUCUUGUUAAUAAAAUGAGUCAUGUUUGUGGCUGAUCUCAA